AAGAUGGAGGAACUGAAGAAGAAACGCUUCUGGGACCUGUUCAGGUCGAAGAGCUCGGCGACCAAGAACGGGAAGGGAGAAAAAGACUCCUUGAGGACGAUAAGCGAUACCGAUAUAUUCGGCAGCCGUAGUAGGAGGCCGGAGAGGCCAGAGGGGUCAGAGGGACCAGAAAGCCGGGACCCCCCGAUCCGCCGCCGCAGGCCACGGCGAACCGAUCCGAGCAUCACCAAAGGCAAGGGCCGUGAAGACCCCCACGGCACCCCCUACGACCUCGGACCCCUGACCGAAUGGCCGCCCUCGGGCAUGUCGAGCAGCGAGGAGUUGAACUUGGGCCCGGCAAUGCAACUCAUAUCCAGAGGUGUCCCAGCAUUCAAGGGCCACAAGCGGCCCAUACCCCAUGCCUCGGAUCACUACUACGCCCUGUUCGCGACCGCGGCCGGGAAUCGCGGCGACGAGACGGACGCUGCGAACCAACAUGACUCUAUGACGCAACUCAUGACACUGCGCCUUGCCGAGUCCGAGCCGGCCACCUACCCAUGGGAGACGCUGGAGCAGCCCAGCUACUCGUUCUGCCUCGGCAAGCGCCCGGGCACCAUAACGCUCAAUCACUGGGUGAGUCUCGCGAGUGUCACACCACCUCCCAUGACCCUACGAGACACGGGUGUGGAACCGCGCGAGAUCGACCUCGAAAACAUAUUUGCACGACUCAGGGAGCUCGAUCGGGGGUUAGAGGACGACGACGAGGAUCUGAUGUACAGGAACCUCUACAAGCGACUGCUCAAAGAUCCGGACAAGUAUGCGAGCCCGCACAAAACGCUCGACAAGCAGAUCACGGACUUGAUCAUGGUUCUCUCGGGGCCGGGCUGGCUCGACUUCACCAGCGCGAAGAAUCAGGUUGUCGCAAAGUUCAUAUUCGACACCAGCCCGACAAACAGCCAGACAUAUCAAAAGUUCUGCCACCAGCUGCUUCUCAGCCUCGAGCUGGAACUCCGAAUCCAAUCCAGACACCAUAUGACAGACGCGAAGGAGAAGCUACUGGCCCAGAUACCCCCGACAAUACAGUGGAAUCUCGCACUCGCCCGCAGGUGGCACGAUAAUAUCCGCGUCGACGAGUACGGCACCGCACCCGAGCACGUGCAACUCCGCUACAAGCUUAAGCGCCGCCAGGUCAAGAUGCUCAAACGCUUUGCGCAGAUGAUGAAGUGGCCCAACCUCACCGACACGCUCGCCACUCUCAAACGCCGCGACGCCGACACGACCCUCGACCUGAUCAGCUCGCACGCCAUGGCCUUCUUCAGCGGGCUCGUCCUGCCCGGCCCAACCUUCCCCUUUCUGAUCAUGAACGCCCUGAUCGACAUCGACCCUAACAAGGCGACCGAUGACCUGACGCUCUUGACCCACGCCCACCCGAGCUGCGGCUUCCAGUACCGCAACAGCUACACCUACUGGACGGCCACCUCCAUCGUCGGCAAGGUCCUCGCGCCCACCUGCCGCUCGCUGGCGGGCUGGGUCGGUCCGGCCCGCCCAACCGCCGACCUAGGCCGCAACCAAAUCGCGCGGAUCCGUGCCCGCCGCCCGCCGUCCAACCGCGUCACCCCGGAAGACAUCCGCUCCAUGUCGGAGCGCUCCGACCCGCUCGGUCCGCCGGCACAGGUCUUCCCAGUCAAAGAAUACGCCCUCGUAGCGCCAGACCGCGACGACGACGCCUACCUCACCGACCUAGUCCGCAUCGAGCUCCUCAACCUCCGGCCAUGCGGCGGCAACGGCGGCAACGACACCCGGCCCCCCUCAUCCUCCAACCCCUCCUCCCCGGGCCCACCGCCCAGCACGGCCUCGUCAGCAGUAACAGGCACGCCCAAGUACCACGACGCGUCGAUCCAGUUCGCCAUCGACGGCGUCUCGUGGCCGCUCCGCCUCGCCUUCGACGUGUCCUUCAUCUCCGCCUGGCCCUGCUCCGACGGCCCCCACCCCCUCUUCUUCGACUACGUCUACACCCCCGUCAAGGCCGACCAGCUCGUCAAGGUCCGCGACUGGAACGGCCUGUACGGCAACACCUCCCACUCCCACUCCCACUCCCAUUCCCACUCCAACCCCACCCCGCCGGUCACCGCCGCUGGUGGUGGCAACACACCCAACGCGCCCAACGCGCCGGGUGGGGCACCGGGGAGCAGGGCCACGGGGGUGUCGAGCCCGAGCACGCUGAGCGGGGGCGACGAGGAGCGCGUGCUGGUGGUGGAGGCGUUUGGCGUGCCGGACAACGAGGUGCUGGCGCGCGCGUGGUGUGCGCACUGGGGGCUGAGCGCGGUGGUGGCGGAUUUGGGAAGGACUUGGUAUGUUUUUCUUUUUUCUUUUUUUUUUCUUUUUCCGUUGUUUUCUUUUUCCGUUGUUUUCUUUUUUUCCCCUUCCGUUGUUGGUGGUUGUGGGUGGUUUGAUUUGGUUUGGUGUGGUGUGGUGCGGUUUGGUUUGGUUUGUUCGUGGGUGUGUUUUGCUAACCUGGUGAUCUUUGUAGCAUGGCGUGUGCGAUCCGUGAGGCGUAUGCUGCGACUGUGA